GUUUUACGACAUUUCCGUUUGCUUACGAUUGGCCAACCUGUCAGAUCGUUGAGUGGCGCGGCGCUGCCAUCUUUGUCGCGCUGAUUUAGCUUGGCGCCUUUCCUAUAUUGGUUGUUCAGUAGUGGUGAUAGUGUCUUACACGUUUCAAAAUGGCUGGUGGUAAAGCGGGUAAAGAUUCAGGCAAAGCUAAGGCUAAAGCCGUAUCGAGAUCAGCAAGAGCAGGAUUACAGUUUCCCGUAGGCAGAAUUCAUCGACAUCUUAAAAAUAGGACAACUAGCCAUGGUCGUGUAGGUGCAACCGCGGCUGUAUAUUCCGCAGCUAUUCUUGAAUAUCUUACAGCCGAGGUUUUGGAGUUAGCGGGAAACGCGUCCAAGGAUUUAAAGGUGAAGCGUAUCACACCUCGGCAUCUGCAGCUUGCCAUUCGCGGAGAUGAAGAGCUGGACAGCCUUAUAAAGGCUACCAUCGCGGGCGGCGGAGUCAUCCCACACAUACACAAGUCGCUUAUCGGCAAGAAAGGCGGCCCCGGAGCACCCGUCUAAUUGAGGCUAAACACAACAUUCUCACUGCAUUUGACCCGGAUGAAGUUUCAGCAUUUUAAAAAUUUAUCAACCGAUUGGUAUAUAUAGUUGUCUUUAUGGGUAGUGAUGUGGACAGUGGAGUGACUUCACAGAACUGUUAAUCCAGACUUAUCUUAUAGAUAUUAAGUUUUAGUAAUAUUUUAGAAAUAAGGAGAUAAAUAUGAUUGUAUUAGAAAUAAGAUUUUUUUCAUGAUUCAUUAUAGGACAUCUAUAUUUUGCUAGAUAUUGUGUUCAAUUAUUUCAGCAAUUUAAAUUACAUCACUGCAAGCUUGCUCUUUGUAUUGGGGAUUGGAUCAAGUCCACUUUUGUGUUGCAGUGAUUUAAUUUUACCUCUUAGACAUGCAAUUGUUUUAGCUCUAAGCUGUCGUAGUAUAAUUUGCAGCAUUUUGUAAUUUUUUUAAGUGACAAAUUGUAAUAAGCAAUGGUAUAAUGUUGUUCUAAAUUGUAAUUUGGUAUGAUUGAACUGUUACGAGUUGUAAGAAAUGUAUUUUGAUCUUUAAAAUAUAUUGAGAAAUACGGA